AUGGAUUUAAUCAAGAAAAGAUUAUCCGAUAUUGAAAGAAUAGAAAGUCAAAAUUACAAAACCAAGCAACAAAAUAAAUUUGCCAGAGAUGGUCUUAAACAAUUUUCAAAUUUUGAUACAAAUAAUAUUUUAAAAGAGAGUAAGUUAAAACAACCAAGAAAAAGACGUUUUAAAAAACGGACACGACCUGCGGAGAAUAAUUUAGUUGUUAAUCUAUCGUCAACAGAAUUAACCAACUCAGAAGAAAAAUUAUUAAGUAGAGGUCUUAACUUCUGUCCUAUACCAGCAAACAUUAACAACCUACAACUGGAGACAGAUGUGGAUCAAUUUGCUAGACGCCUUCGCCUAAAAGAACAUUUUAAUAGGCAACACAAAAAAAACUUACAAGAAGCCGGAAUGAAUGAUUCGGAAUAUGAGAGUGAUAAAGAGGACAAGUGCAUCCCAAGAUUCAAAAAGAAAAGCGAAUGGAAUCCACCAAGGAGUAAGAACGACAAUUUAGAAUCCUUUAUAUCAUCAAUUAAAACUGAAGUAAAAUCAUCAGUCAGUGGCAAACGUUUAAGGAAUCUCUCUGAACAAGAAAGCCAGGCCAUAAAUAAUUUAAAAAGUCGUGAUGAUAUUGUUAUUAAACAAGCAGACAAAGGAAGUGCAGUUGUAGUGAUCAACACAACCGACUACAUUGAAGAAGGGAAUCGUCAGCUUUCAAAUACAAAAUUUUACAAACAUUUAGAAAGUGAUCCUACAAAAGAAAUAAGUAAACAAAUUAAUGAGGUCCUUUCAGACAUGAACAGCAAAAAACAUAUUGAUGACGACACGUACGACUAUCUACGACCUGAUGAAACCUGCACAGCCGGUCGAUUUUACUUGCUCCCAAAACUCCAUAAAGAAGGGAUUCCGGGAAGACCGAUAGUAUCUGCAAAUGGCCAUCCAACCGAAAAAAUAUCUGAAUUCGUGGAUUACCAUCUCAGACCACAUGUUAGAACAAUGCCAUCUUACAUUCAAGAUACUACAGAUUAUUUGAAGAAAAUGGAUUCAUUAAACCCCUUACCAAACAACACAAUUUUGGUAUCGAUGGAUGUGUCUUCUUUGUACACAAAUAUUCCCAAAAAUGAAGGAAUAGUCGCUUGUGAACAGGUAUGGAACAAUCGUAAGGAUAAACAUCCCCCAACAGACUGUCUGGUUCAGUUGCUGAGACUAGUGCUUGAAAACAACAAUUUUGUAUUCAACGACCAGCACUACUUGCAGGUUGACGGUACCAGUAUGGGAACCAAAAUGGCACCUUCUUUUGCCAACAUUUUCAUGGGGAGUCUCGAAGAACGCAUCCUUUCGAAUGUACCAUACAAACCCUUGUCUUGGCUCCGUUAUAUUGAUGACAUCGACAUCAAAUGGAACGAAACUGCAGAACGCCUGCAAGAAUUUCUCGAUUUCUGUAACAACUUUCAUCAAUCGAUCAAGUUCACAUCUGAAGUUUCAAUUGAGAAAAUUGCGUUUCUCGACACCACCAUAACUUUAGAAAACGGAGUCAUGACAACAGACCUUCACACCAAAAAAACUGAUAAACACCAAUUUCUCUCUCCGAAGAGUUGUCACCCGAAACACUGCUCCCGGAGCAUUCCGUACAGCCAAGCCAUCAGGUUAAAACGGAUUUGUUUAUCGGAAUCAAAGUUAAACCAUCGUUUAGGGCAACUCAGACAGCAACUCAAAUCAAGAGGUUAUAAGAACAAAAGUAUUUCAGAAGCUUUCAGAAAAGCAAACGAAAAAGAACGAACAAACCUACUUGAAUACAAAGAAAAGACGGCCCAGACAAAUAAAAUCCCGUUUGUUGUUAGCUUUCAUCCUCAUCUGACAAAUAUUUCAUCAAUUGUCCACAAACACUGGCGUCUUAUUGAAAAUGAUCCUUCCUUAAGCGAGAUUUUUCCAUCACCUCCCGUUAUGGCUUACCGCAGACCAAAAAACCUCAAAGAUAUUCUAGUAUCAUCCAAAGUAUCUAAACGGGAGAUAUCAACAAUCGGAGGUUAA